UCUAUUCGGUCCGGAUGUCACGGCUCUGGGCUCUGUGCGGGGCAGCAUUUCCUAUUCUUAAAGCGACCGUGUUUGUCUCUCUCUAACCGUGCCCCUCUCUCUCUCUCUGCAUGCGCCUCUUCCAGUGUCUCCCUUUCUGUGUCGCUCCUGUAUAUCCCUGUCUCUCUCCCCGUGUCUUUCUCUCUCCGCGUAUCUCUCUGUGAUGAUGGAUUAGUCACGCGCUGCGUGGGAGGCGAGUAACGCAGUGGGUCACUUCCUCGUGCUCAGUUCGCCGGGGCACGCUCUGCAGGGUGCAGCGCGCGCUUCGUGCGGCGUGUCUCGGUGCGGCUCCACGAGGCUCGGCUCCAUGCCGUCCUUUUGGUGGUUCACGGAGGGCGCUUCCGCGCUGCCGCUCUUCGUGGUGUGCUGGACCACCGUCACCUUCGCAACCAGCUACCUCACGGCCGCAUUGCGCGGGGACGUGGAUCCCAUACUGCCCUAUAUUAGUGACACUGCUGGGCGGCCCCCGGAGAGCUGCGUGUUUGGACUGAUGUUGAGCAUGUCAGCGCUGACAGCCGCUCUCACGAUGUUCGUGCGCUACCGGCUGGUGGCGUGCGCGACGUGUGGCCGCAGCUGCGCCGUCUUCGUCAACCGCACGGGGUUCGCCAUCGGCCUCAUCAGCUGCCUCGGGCUCCUCGUGAUCGCCAACUUCCAGAACACCACGGAGUUGGAGGUGCACAUUGUCGGGGCCGGGUUGGCGUUCGUGGGGGGCGCCCUCUACGCGACGCUCCACGCGCUCCUCUCGUGGCACACGGAGUCGCGGGGGCUCGCGUGUGUGCGCGCUACCCUCGCCGCAUGGAGCCUCGCCAGUGGCGUCACGAUGGUGGUCGCUGCCUGCCUCGCCACUUGGGACCUCACGUACAAGCAUCAGGCUAAGACCCUGCUCCGAGUGUCCGCCGCGGCCGAGUGGAGCCUCGGGGUUUCCUUCCUCACGUUCUUCCUCACCUUCAUCCGCGACUUCCAGGGCAUGAGAUUCCGUGUAAUCGCGGAGCCGAGUCCGGAGCACCAGAGUUUGCUGGACGAGAGGAGGCGACUUCUGCCCCAGUGAUGUCCCCGCGAGGACUUGACGCGCGUCAUUCCGAGCCUCACCCGAGAUGCAGCCGGCUGAUGCAGACCCGAUCACCCCAGACCUCGUUUCUGUCCCCAUCCCCGCGGAUUCCACGGUGGAGACCAUGACAAUGAUACAGUAUUGAUCGCGUUUUUAUAAUGAAUUAUUUUUAUACCAAUCGCGCUGCACUUAUAUUGAAUAACCACGUGAAUAAAUGACUUGACUCACAGAGGUACCAGA